UGCCGUUUAUGGUAGAAGAAUGGGACGGAAAAGCCAGCCUCUCCCCUCACCAUUUGUCUUACUUGAUCAGCAUUUUACUGCCUAAACGACUGGUAACUUUAGAUCGAGACAUCAACCUCGAAUCACAGCUUAAAUCAUAUUGUAAGGAGAAACAUAUAACAAAUGCUGUACCGGUGGGCAGUUCAACAGAGGGGCUCAAUAUUCCACAUUCCAUGUCAAUCGAAUUCAAUUCACAACUUGGCACCCAUGCAGACGCAGAUAUCUUGUUUGUCGAGAAGGAGUUCYAGAUAUCCACCUCAGAUCCAAUCCAGGGUUCAAAUAUCCAAGCGACAUUGGAAUCUGGAGACGUUCACCCAGGUUACACCAGAGUGUGUUUACACAAGUGCACCGAGGACCUCAGAGAUGUCAUUACUCUGAAUGAUAAAAAGUACCUGAGCGGGCAGAGGAUUCAGAAUAGAAUGCACAAGAAAGUCGUCAGCAGUGGCCCUGAAGACGACAUAAAAUCUAUAUUGAUUCAUGGUCCAGCAGUGUCGGUAGAGUACUCGACCAUCUUAAAUGCUGAAAAUAUACAAACCUAUGGUCUUAGGAUUGACCUUGACAUGGUUCUCGCUGUUCAAGUUAACGAAUGGCCCUCGGAGGCAAUUGAAUGGGUGGAAAGAGCGAAACAAGGCGAAUGGCUUGAAAAUGACUUGGUGGAAGCCAUUGUUACAGWAGGAUGUCAUGUCGUGCCAGUUGCGCACAAGCAAAGCCUUAAUCCAGAUGUAGAAUGGAGAAUUUCUUUUGCAACUACAGAAAAACGAAUAGCAAAAAGUGCUGUAACUGAUGCUCAACGGCAGUGUUAUAUCUACUUCAAAAUACUCCGCAACCUUUGUUUGAAAGAUUUGGAUGUGCUUUCCUCGUACUGUUUGAAGACAGUCUUCUUCUAUGCAUGUGAGGCUAUUCCAAAGUCUUACUGGGAGGCCCAUAUUGGACAGUGCUUGCUAUACUUGAUUGAUAGUUUGAUAAGUUGUGUUAAACAGAGAAACAUCCCAAGUUUUUUCAUACCAAAGAAUAAUCUUGUGGAUCACGUACCAGACGAAAAAUGGCAAGAAGUGGAAGCAAGACUCCUUGAAAUAAGGAAAGAUCCUAUAACACCAAUUUUGAAUUUUACAGACACAAAUGCUAUUAGCAAUAUUGAGAUUCCAUUUGUAUUUCGUACAAAUAUUGCGUACGUCUUGGAAGACAUGAAAAAGUUCAAAGUGCACAGAGACAUUAGAAAAUCCGCAUUCGAUGCGUUUUUCACAACGUCGUUCAGAAUGAGUUUGCUUCUCUUAAACCAAGGCAAACCAAAAGAUGCUGUUCAGAUUUUAAUGGAUUCUUAUCCGAUGAUAAACAGAUACCUUGGUCCGAUGCCUCUCAUUCACUAUCUAAACGAAGCGUCAAUUGCAAUCCAAGAUGGGCGGCUUUUUCUCCUUUUGAUUCAAGAACUCCUCGGAAUGGCCGACCAACAUCCAGCGUGUAAGCAUUUCUAUGAAAAUCUGCCUUGUGCGUACCAUGCAGCUUCACACACCUAUCCAGAUGAAUCGCCCGAGAGAAAUGAAUAUCUACAGAAGGCAGAGCAAAUUAUACAGGAAGAAAUCGGAGCCCAGGGUUUAAGUUCUUGCGGAAUUCAUGUCACGCAUGCUACCAUUCUUAUGACACAAAAAAGAUACAAGGAAGUCAUGCGAAUUCUUGAAACCGUGGUAGACGAAGCGGAUAAAGAUACAAAGGAAGAAAUCCAAAGUGAUGUAACAGAAUUUGGAUACAGUGAACAAAUAUGUCUUGAUUCAGAUUUACAGUUAGAAAUAACGACACAUAUGAAAAUAGAAGCGCCGUCGCUUAUCUUUGUGUUUUAUUUCCUGAUAAAAUGUUUAGUGCAAGAAGAUGAAAUAACGAAACUAAAGAGCGUUUUCGAAGAAUAUCAAAAGGUGUGUGAGCUGUGUGAAGACGUCAAUGGAUAUAAACUUCUCGGCUAUAGCCAUUUUCAAGCAGGAGAGAAGCAAAAGGCAAAGGACGCCUUCGUUGCAGCUUUGCAGAAGAUGCCAGGAAGCAAACUACUUAUAGCAAACAUUGAAAAGUGUUCAAGCACAUAACUUUGCCUCUAAAGAAAUACCUUUGCAUAAGAUUAUCAAAACAGGGCCAAGUGUUAUAGGACAUAAAUAAGCUCUUACAAGAACAAAGUGGUUUGCGGUGGCGGCAUGGUCUGCGUAAAUAUCCGUUAAACAUUUUUGAUUGAAUAUUUUUCAGACAAUAGGUGCUUAAACCUUAAGCUGAUCGCGGGCGAUAGGAUAAUAAAUAAUUGUGUUUUUUUUUCGAGAAUGCAUGCAAUUCAAAUAGUGAAUAUUUUUAAGUUACCUUGAUUUCCUGUUAUUCUGCUCGAUUUUAAGUUAUUGUGUCAUUUUGCCCUGCUACUAAAGUUGAAAAACAAUAACUGACCUUGUGAACCAAACUGACUGGACCGUUUUAGCGCGGUACAACUGUUAGUUUUAACGGUCUGCUUAAUCAUGAAAAAAAUGGCACUUGAGCUGAUAAAUAUAUUUUUAGCAAUUUUGCUUGGUUAUUACGGUUUGAAUUAUUUGUACAAAUUUAUUUCAGAAAAAGGUUGUCGCAAAACGGUUUUGAAUUUACUGCGUGCAUAAAAACAAAAUGCUUGAUUCAGUUUCUUUUGAACUCGUAUUUACACAUGGAUAACUACUUAUGCAUAUUGAUUCCCAAGGUAAAGGUGAUUAGUUGCGGUAAAUGCGCGCCUGUAAUUAAUAUCUAAUCAUUUCGAUGUUUCGAGCAAAGUAAGACUAAAAAUUAUAACAA